UAAACUCCUCUUCCCAUCUUCAAUAAUCCCAGCCGCAAUGAUGAACAAGUUCUUCCAGCGUGGUGUUCGGACCACUCAUUGUGUUCUAUUCCGACACCAACACGGCUGUUCCCGUGCGAACUCUCCACUGUAGCACCUACUCCUUUCGAAAACCAAAUUCCGUGCUGCUCAUCUCACCGGCGUUUACAGUGGUGCAACAGCUAGUAUAGUUAGCACGUACUUUGGUUUUUAUGCAUUUCUCGCCGAUGCUGCUUGGAAGGAGACUUUGUCAGCGGAUUGGAACGAUUAGAAGAUGUCCACCAUCUUAUGGCGGUCACAGUUGGACAUAUCACUCCAGUCUAAACCGAACCCGAUCACCAUUGUUUCCUCAUUUUUAGCACUCCUCUACAAGGUCAGGUUCGCCCUUUUUUCACCGAUAUUCAGUCUUGCAUUAGCGUUAUCUGAAUGAAGGAGGCUAGCCUGCAGAUUGUUUGAGCAUAGGGCUGGGGGGAUGAUCGGGGAGGAUAUUGCUAUUAGCUUCAUUCAUGGUUUCAGGGAAUGAUGCUUAGGGAGUUUUCAUGAUUAGAUAUAGCGAAAUACACAGCGCGGUGGCGGCUUGUGUAUGAUGCUGACAUUGGCAUUGUGUGCCUUCCUGUAUGUGGUGCAAAAUGGAAGGAGGAUCACUGCACACCGCUAGCAAAGGCGGCCAUCAGGUGUGACCUGGCGAAAUGUCUCGCCCAAAAGUGGAGAAGAAGGCAGUCGAAAGUCGAGCCUGAAGAUCGCCAACACCUGCCCAAUACCACGGCCCAGCCUGACACUUAGACACGCACGAAUUGCUUUUCCGGCCCACGCCAGCCGCCUUCCGAGCCCAUGUCGCUGCUGCACGAAGGGGACGCCACCUUCGAACUCGUCGACGGUGCGUCCAGCCCCUCUGCCCUGCCAGUGGUCAGCCGGAAGCCCUAAUCAAUCCCGGCGGGGUUGAAGAUGACGCUGGCUGCAUGUUCAAGCAAUAGGAGGCGUCGAAGGCGUGUGCGGGCGAGUGGGUGGCCAUCAAAUUUGCAAUUAUUUUGUUGCGUAAAGUCUUGGGAGGGGGGCGGAUGUCUUCUCCAUACAAUUCUCGUUUCUCGGCCCCGGCCAGGUUUCCCCGCGUUUUAAUCCUGCGUGGUCGUAGCUUGCGGUGUGUGUCUUCCCUCAGGAGAUCUACCAUGGCAGGUUUCUCCGUCUGACAAAAACUCCAUCGACUGUUGCCUUUUGUUUUACUCCAUACCGACAAGUUCCAAGAAUCUCUAAACCCCUAAACCCCGUUGAUGUCCACGGAGUCCACCGCUCUAGACAUAAGCUGCCUAGCGACGUGCCCUAGACAGCCCCACUCCCAAGCACAAAACGCGCGAUCCGACGGGCUUUGGUCAGUGAUCCAAACAGCCGCUCUCCGGAGAUGGCCCCGCCACCAACGACCUACCAACCCAUCCAGCCCGCUUCUGCCAAACGAGAGAGGGACGGAGUUUCCUCCGGCCCACGUUCAGGGCCGUCGUCGAUCUUCAGCGGGGGGAGCCGCCAGCAGACGAAACGCCUCAAGGCCGUCACCCAGGCCUGCCACACGUGUCGGCGUUUCAAAGCCAGAUGUGACGGCGCGCGUCCGAGAUGCGGAGGAUGCGCUUCCAAGGACAAACCUUGCGGCUACGAGGGAGAGGAGGGCCAGUCCCUUCAGGCGGCUAAGCAAGCGCGCCUCGAAGCGCUUGAGAAACUGAUGAGCGCGCUGCAGUACAAGUCCAGCGAGGAGGCCGAAGAGCUGCUACAGCGCAUCCGUACCGGAGAUGAUCCCGCCGUCGUCCUCGGCGGUACCGAUAGCGGCGGCGAAUCUCAAAGCCCUCCGGCAGCCGUCGCUCCAAGCGUGACGGAAUCCGGCUCUGGCUCUGGCUCCAGCAGGCUGUCCGGCCCCGUCACUUCCAUUGCCGGCUCUCGGACAGGUUCCGUGGAUUCACGGGCGCCGACAUCUUCCUCCUCGACGUUGGUGGCUUUAUCCGUGUCAGCAAGGCUACACGACCCGGUGAACUUGUAUCUCGCUGCCUUCCCCAGUGCAAAAACAAUGUGGGCUGGUGUCCAGAGCUUCUACAGCUCGAGCGGCAAACUGUUUCAUGUCUUCACAGUCGAACAGGUCAAUCAGCAUCAUAGGGCAGUGUUCGGUUUGGACAACCGCCCCAAGCUUGACGAACGGGUCUCUAUUAGCUGCCUCGCCAUCGUCGCAGCCAUCGGUGUCCAAUACAACCCCAAUGAGUUCGAAAAAGGGACAGAUGAACUUCUCUAUUCUGCUGCUCGCCUGUUGUACACGGAUGUCCUCGAGUUUGGGCCCCUGCUGGCCAUCAAAGUCUGCACCUUGCUUGCCAUGUACAAUAUCAACAACAAGGGGACUGUUGCUCUGGCAUACAUCGAGACAGGACUUACCAUGUGCCACCGACAAAGCGACAGUGCUGGAGUCUGCAACGCCGACCACUUGACCGAGCAGGAAUGGGUCGAGUUCAGAAAAACUUGGAGGACUUUGAUGUUCUUCAACAGCUGGCUUGCCUCUACCCUUGGCUACAUCUCCGGCGCUGAUGACUCGGCUUUUGAGAAAGUGGUGCCACUUGCAGAGAACGAAGUCGACAUUUACACAAAGGAACUUGGAGAGAGUAGGUCAUCUAUGCUUCCCACGACCAUGAUCCUGCCGCUUUACUGA